AUGCCUCAUGAUGUAAUGGGUUAUGGAAUUUGGAAAUUAACUAAACAACAACUGGAAAGAGUUAGAGAAAUGACUGUUUCGAAUUCACAUCCUAGGGAAAUUGUAUCAACUCUUAGACAAAAUGAUGAAUCAACAUUAGUAACUAAUAGAGAUAUUUACAAUGCAUGUGAACAACUUCGUCAACAAUACCUGGCAGGACGAACACCAAUUUAA